AUGCCUCGAACUGCUAUCUUCGUUAUCGACAUUCAGAACCAUAUCGCCGUUGAUCCUACCUCUCGCGUCCCCCAGGCGGAUCGCGUCAUCAAAGCUUCUGAAGAGAUCUUACAGACGGCUCGGUCCAUCAAAGACUCCAAUGAAAAGAGCAACAGUCCACUCAUCGUAUUCAUUCAGCACGAAGAGUCCGCGAAUGACGGAACCCUUGUAAAGGGGACGGAGCCCUGGGAACUCGUCUUUCACCCCCGCGCGGAUGUGGAGGGCGAAAUUUUGGUUGCAAAGAGGACAGGGGACACAUUCAAAUCCAACCGCGACCUCGCGCAGAGGCUGCGCGACGCCAACGUCACCGAAAUCGUCGCGUUUGGUCUGCAGAGCGAUAAAUGCGUUGAAGCAACAUGUACCGGAGCACUGGCAGCUGGCUUCCACGUAACUGUGUUGGCUGGCGCACAUUCUACCUACGAUGCUGAUGGAAAGACCGCCCAAGAAAUCGAGCGUGAAGUUGAACUUCGCCUCUCGACACGAGGCGCUCGCGUUGUGCGGUGGGAGAAAUGGGUGGAAAAGCAACAGAUUGCCUGA